AUGCCGAGCCCGAUCAAACGCGCCUCCGCCGAACCCGAUUGCUUCAUCUCCUCGUCUGAUUCGAUCAUCCGCGUCGAUUCUGUUUCACGUCGUAUCGCGGCCGAGCUAUCGUCUGACGAGGCAAGUCGAUCCGGUACUGAAAUGGUUGAUUCUCCUUGUACUGAGGCAUCUGGUUCUCAUUGCGCCGAGCCAGUUUCCUCUGAAGCCGGGCCGGUCUCGCCGCGUGUCGGGAACGAUACGGACGACGAGGAGACUUGUGGCGACGAGCUGAGCGGUUCUCUUAACUAG